AUGGCUCUUCAACCUCCGUCAGAGCCAAUCGAGAAUCUGAAGGACCCUGGUGCACAUGAGCUGCCCGGUGUGCCCAAGAUCACUGAGUCCGAUGACCACUUCUCUGAUGCCUCCGAGGGCACCGCAGCAUACCCUCCUGCUUUUACUGGACGCAACCGCGCCCUGUCUAUCCCCGUUACCCGCGUUGAGAAAGUAGACGACGAGCCCAGACAUGGUGAAGUACCCGGCACCGCAGCCUACAACAUCAGAACCCAAGACGCCGUCCCCGACGAGAUUGAGAUUGUCCCCGAUGGCACAAGAAGCCGCAGCACUUCACACGUUAGCGAGUCCGACAGACCUGUGACUCCUGGUGGCACUCCGGUCCCCCAUCUUGUUGUCGAGAAGGUCGACCCCAGCGCUCCUAGCCAUGGCGACGUCCCCGGCACAGAUGCAUACGACAUGCGAACUGCCGAUGCCAAGCCUGAUGAGGUCAAGCAGGCCCCUGCCUCAUCAAGUGCCCCCCUUGAGCACCUCCCCUUCGAACUCCCCCUCCAACCCAAGACCGGCACUACCACCAUACAACAAGUAGAGGAAAGCGCAGACGACUUUGACGAUUUCGACCAACCGCAAACACAAAACAACGGCCAAGCCGACAAUGACGAUGAUGCCUUCGGCGACGACUUUGACGAUUUUGAAGAAGGUGGCGCGGAUCAGGCAGAUGGAGAUGAGGACGACGACUUUGGUGACUUUGACGAUGGCUUCCAACAAGCAGAAGAAACUCCGGUUGCCGCACCCCUUCCUCAGCCUGUACAGCAUCCUCUAGCACACCUUACGUCAGAAGAUAUACUGGACGCAAUGUCGCCAUACAUGUCUGAACUCUUCCCUGAACUAUACGACCAAGAAACUGCAGCCUCGGACAAGUCGGCCGCCCUGUCUACUGAUCCUAUCCUCACCGAUCGUAGUGCGUCCCUCUGGUCUCAGCUUGUUGCACCUCCUCCUUUGCAACCACCCAACUGGAUCCGCAGUCGCAUUCGUCGCCUGUUUUUGGUCUCCCUCGGUGUUCCUGUCGACCUGGACGAGAUCUUGCCUGCCAGCAAACAAAAGAAAUUAGUUCUUCCUAACAUUCACCUGCCAGAACAAAAGAAAGAAGAUGCAAAGGCCAAACAAGAUGGUGGCAGCUCUACUGGUGGAAGAAAGGGACCUGCGCCUCCGCCAGAAUUCAAUGCCAACGAAGCAGCCAUGCUUGCCAAGACGACAGAUACAGCGACCGAGGCAUAUUCUGAUGAAGAGCUAAGAGCACAUGUGAAAAGACUAGAAGAGUUGAUCAAGGACGCAAGCACUGUGCUCGAGUACUGGAUGAAGAGGAAGGAAAGUGCUGUAGGCGACAAAGAGGCAUUCGAAGGUGUCAUUGAGAAUCUCGUCGGCUUUGUCAAAAGUAGAAGAUGA